AUGAAACCACCAGUCUUCAAAGGAGGCAUAGAACCAAUGAAAGCUGAAGCAUGGGUGUUGGGAAUCGAGAAACUAUUCGAAGUUUUUCCUUGUACAGAACCUCAAAAAGUGCAAUUGGCUGCUUUCACUCAUGAGGAUGAGGCGCGGAGAUUGUGGAUGGUCACAAGGACCAUACACCUAGGAUUAACAUGGGAUAGAUUUCUAGAAUUGUUCUACGACAAAUAUUUUCCCCAAAGCAUGCGAGAUAAGAAGGUGACUGAAUUUGAAACUCUCAGACAAGGAAACAAGACUGUUGCUGAAUAUGAAACCCAAUUUGCAGAACUAGCUCGAUUUGCGCCUCAUAUGGUGGAUACGGAUUAUAAGAAGGCACGAAAAUUUGAAGGGGGCUUACGGGGUGCUAUCCUAGACCGGGUCAAUAUGUUAAAGCUACCUACUUAUGUCGAUGUGCUAGAAAGGGCCGUCAUAGCAGAAGGGAAUCUUGCUGCUCAGAAUCGGAUUUCCGAGUGGAAAGGGAAGAGGCAGAAUAAUCAAUGGUCAAAAGGAUCAAUUACCCCACCAAACAAGAGGCAGAAUUCAGGGAACUUCAGCAUUACCACCCCUACCCACAACUCCACUCCGGUGUGCCCAAAUUGUGGAAGGCAACAUCGAGGGACUUGCCACUGGAAGACUGGGGCUUGUUUUAAAUGUGGCAAAACGGGUCAUCUGGUAAGGGAUUGCCCGCAAUGGAGUCAACAAAAGGGCAAUACGACUGUUACAAGUUCCGCGGGGUCUACACCAACCCCCAACGCGAAGGCAGCUGCUAAACCUAUGAAUAAUAAAGAUAUUGCAAGGAAAGCCUGUGAACUUCAACUUGGGGAUAUUCGGGUGUAUGCUAACCUGUUACCUCUCGACAUGACCUCUUUUGAUGUUAUUCUGGGAAUGGAUUGGCUGAGUGAUUAUGGUGCAACUAUAAACGGCUUGACUAAGAAAAUCAAUUUUCGUCCUCCGGGGCAACUAGAGGCUAUUGUUCAGGGACAGGAAGAACAAGUGAUGAAUAGGGGUAUUGAUGUGAUUCCAGUGGUCCGUGAAUUUUCGGAUGUUUUUCCCGAAGAAUUGCCAGGGCAGUUGAUAGACCGCGAAAUUGAGUUUAUAAUUGAAGUAGCGCCAGGAACCCAACCCAUCUCUAAGACGCCGUAUAGGAUGUCCCCAGCUGAAAUGAAAGAGUUAAAGAUUUAA